GUCAGUGAGGGAAAUCAGUAUCAGGCAUCUGUGGGGGUCUGCAGGAGGGGAAGGAGGCAGGAUCAGGGACACGGCAGGCAGCAGACAUGGACUUGCAUUGUGAUUGUGCCGAGACUCCGGCAGUCGAGCCGCCAUCUGGGAAGAUUAAUAAAACUGCUUUCAAAUUAUUUAAGAGGAGGAAAUCUGGGGGCACCAUGCCCAGCAUAUUUGGGGUGAAAAACAAAGGUGGGGAUGGGAAAGGCUCAAGUAAAGCUGGGAUGGUGAGGAGCAAGACUCACGAUGGAUUAGCUGAUGUUGUGCUGGAAAGCAGCAAGAAGGAAGAAUCGAGCAGCGGAGGUGGUGGUGGUGUUGAUCAACUGAACAGGGAUAUAAACACCAGGGCUGUAGCCAGCCUCAAUGUUUCAUCAAACAGCUCCGUGGCUAAAUCACACAGUUUCUUCUCUCUGUUGAAGAAGAAUGGGAAAUCAGAAAAUGGCAAGGGAGAGAAUGCAGAUCAGAGGGCGGGCAGCAGACAAAAGAAAGGAUUGAAAGGGAUCUUCAGCAGUAUGCGGUGGCAUAAAAAGGAUAAAAAUGGCAAGGAGGAAAGGGGGGAAACAUCAGAAAUUCAGUCCAGCCUUAUUAUGUCAGGUUCUCUGACUGCCAGCUUGGAAUGCAUCAAAGAAGAGGCACCAAAACCUUUGUCUGAGCCUCAAUAUACCACAGAAGAAAUUAACAUUGAAUUGUCUAGUGAUAAACACAGCAAAGAUGUGCAUGCCACGGCAGAGAAGCCUGAAGUUAGAGAUGGUGGGGAAAUGCAGAACAACAAAAGCAUACAAGGAGAGGAUCCUGCUGCCGCUGGAAACCAACAUGAGGAGAACCGCCCUGAGCUGCCAGAUCCGUGUGUGGAAGAGGUUGGGACUGCGAAGGAUACGGCCAUAACAGGCUGUGGAGAUAUUAUUGCAGACCAGGAGGAUGAAGUGGGCAGCAGCAGUGGCAGCUGUGAGAAGAGCACCCCAGGGGCCAGCAAGCCAGGCACUUCUAAAAAGAACCCAAACAUGGUGGCCUACCAGGGAGGAGGAGAGGAGAUGGCAAGCCCAGACCAAGUGGAUGACACCUACCUUCAGGAGUUCUGGGAUAUGUUAUCACAAACAGAGGAGCAAGUCCAAGAGACCCAGGGAGGAGAAGGAGGAGGGACAAAACCACCUGAGAUAAAAAAAGAGAGCAAGUGUGUCGAGGGGGCACAGGAUGGUUCAAUGGUGAAACGCAUUGGUCUCAGCCAGAUUCCAGUUCAUCUCAACCACAAAGAGGAUCAGAAGAACAGGGAAUAUGAGCAGCCAGAAGGCAUCCCAAACAGUGAUGAGGGCUACUGGGACUCCACUACUCCUGGUCCUGAGGAAGAUAGCAGCAAUAGUGUCCAGAAAGAGAGCAUCCCCAGGGAUAGCUACAGUGGUGAUGCCCUCUAUGAUCUUUAUGCUGAUACAGAUGAAAACAUCACAGGGGUGCCUUCUGAUGAAGAAGUCACCUGUGUAUCACGCUCCAAACCUGUGUCUCCAGUAACAACCACAUGCUCACUUAAAACACCUGCAGGUUCAGUCAAGGACUCCAAGAUACCUAUCAGCAUUAAACAUCUUACAUCGCUUCCCACCAGCCAUGGAACAGAUGCCAGUAACAGCCAUCACAUUGCACACCAUCACCCAACCAAAAGUGAGAUUCCCAGAACAAAAAUCCCUGUUUCUAAAGUACUUGUACGCCGGGUCAGUAAUAGGGGUUUAGCGGGAACAAUGGUUAAAGCCACCACAUUCCAGGACAAUGCCAAAAAGUAGUUGAACAAGAUCUGGAGACAAAGAUGGACAGUGAGUUAGAGGUGGGAAAGUCUUUAUAGGAAAACACUAAUAAAUGUUUGCAGCACCUAAAGAAAGGCACCUAAAAGGGCCCCUUAAGUGUAUUCUGGGGGCCAGCACUUCUGAAUCUCUUCUUGAUAUACAGUAUAUAAAAAUACAAAAAUAGUCAAAUUCUUUUCAAGCACUUUUUAAAAUUUGUAUCUUUUUUCUGAAGCACUAAACACUUAGGAGGUCACUUUUACAUGCCUUUGUGGAAGCUGGACUUUGAUUAUGAACGUAAAAUGAGCAUCUCCCCAAAUGCAAAUUAGUGCCAUGAGUUCUUCAGGGGGACAGAAAUACAGAAAGAGAUGAACAACAGGAAUUCUCCAAUACAAUUAGCUUUUACUGGUUUUUUGUUUUUGCUUAAAUUGAAAAAUGAUGUCUGCUCUACAAUUUUAUGUGGAAAAAUGCCAAGAAAAAACAAACAACCCAACAGGUAAUUAUUUACCUGAUGUACAUACAGCAAUGCUGGUCAGCAGCAGACUCAACUUAUUUGUGUCCAGUAGCUAAUUAAUGAGUUAGGUGGAUUUCUAUAACUAGAACAGAUAUUUUUGUUUGUUUGUCUGUUUUGUUUUGGAUCUGUUACAAUAUAAAUGGAUAACAGAAACAUCUGGCAACGUUCAGAUGUUUACUUCAAUAUUUGUCUGAUGCAUAAAAAUCAGGUUCAGGGAAUCAUUUUACUAAAAGCCAAUAU